UUACGGCGGCUGAAGAGAGACAGCCCGAGCGGGCUGGGGGGGCGGGGCAAGAGCGAAGGCCGCGCGGAGCAGCCCUUGAACCGGCGCGGGCGGCGGGGAGGGGAGAGGCGGCCGGGGCGAAGGGCCGCUGAGCGGCGGAGGCACCGAGUGCCAAGAAUUGUAGAUCAAGGAGCCAUGGAUAGGAGAAGUGUGGGUGAAACAGAAAAUGGAGAUGCUUUCCUUGACUUGAAGAAGCAACCGGUCUCCAAAUCCCCCCAUCGCUAUACAAAAUGGGGGAUCGUCUCAGGCUGGGAUACCAUCUUAUGCAACCUAAGACAUUGCUGGAAGGUAACAGAUUUACCUCUCUAAACCCCAUGAGGAGGAUCACUAUCAUUUUUCCCUAAAUUUCUGGAUGGACCUUGGGCCACAUUUUGAAAGACAUGAUCAUUUUGAAGCACUACUUAACCUCUUGGGACCCAUUGGAGAUCUUUUUUGAAAGUAUGAACACUCAUGGUGGACAUUGCACAAAGCAUGAUUUUGUAUGUGGUUUCCUUGAGGCCAUGAAACUGGUUUAAGAAGCCCUGCUUUCAAGAACAGUAUGGGAAGCAGUGGUCAGAGAAGCAAGCAAACAUUCUACCGUCAUACCUGUGACAGAGGCCAUGGCACAGUGAUGUGUAUAUGCUUUUUUACAAGGCAGUUGUGCAUUUUACUGGAGGAGCUCUUGGAUAUAAAAGAACGCCCUCAUUCCAAACAGAGGCCUUCAUGUCUCUCUGAAAAAUAUGACAGUGACGGCAUCUGGGACCCUGAGAAGUGGCAUGCCUCUCUCUACCCAGCUUCAGGGCGGAGCUCACCCGUGGAAAGUCUGAAGAAAGAGUUGGAUACAGACCGGCCUUCCCUGGCACGCAGAAUAGUAGAUCCACGAGAGCGAGUGAAAGAAGAUGACUUAGAUGUCGUUCUCAGCCCACAGAGGCGAAGCUUUGGAGGGGGCUGCCACGUGACGGCUGCUGCCAGCUCCCGACAUUCAGGAAGCCCACUGGAGAAGGACGGCGAUGGGCUUCGCCUGCUCGGCGGGCGAAGGAUUGGCAGUGGGAGGAUAAUCUCUGCCCGGACCUUUGAGAAGGAUCACCGUCUUGGCGAUAAGGACCUGAGGGACUUGAGAGACAGAGACCGAGAAAGGGACUAUAAGGACAAGCGUUUCCGGAGGGAGUUUGGGGAUAGUAAGCGUGUCUUUGGUGAGCGUAGAAGAAAUGAUUCCUACACAGAAGAAGAACCAGAAUGGUUCUCAGCUGGACCCACAAGUCAGUCUGAAACUAUUGAGCUGACUGGUUUUGAUGAUAAAAUACUGGAAGAAGAUCACAAGGGAAGAAAAAGAACAAGGCGACGGACAGCCUCUGUGAAGGAAGGCAUAGUCGAGUGCAAUGGAGGAGUGGCCGAAGAGGAUGAGGUGGAGGUCGUCCUCACACAAGAGCCUGCUGCUGAUCAGGAGGUGCCAAGGGACCCCGUCUUGCCUGAGCAGUCCCUAGGAGAAUUUGACUUUAAUGAGUUCUUUAACCUUGAUAAGGUGCCAUGCUUGGCUUCGAUGAUAGAAGAUGUUUUGGGAGAAGGGUCAGUCUCCGCCAGUCGGUUCAGUAGGUGGUUCUCUAACCCAAGCCAGUCAGGAAGCCGAUCCAGCAGUCUUGGGUCAACACCACAUGAAGAACUGGAAAGACUUGCAGGUCUGGAGCAAGCCAUCCUUUCUCCUGGACAGAACUCGGGGAAUUAUUUUGCUCCUAUACCAUUGGAAGACCAUGCUGAAAAUAAAGUGGAUAUUUUAGAAAUGCUACAGAAAGCCAAAGUGGAUUUAAAACCUCUUCUUUCCAGCCUUUCUGCAAAUAAGGAAAAACUUAAAGAGAGCUCACAUUCAGGGGUUGUGCUUUCAGUGGAAGAGGUGGAAGCAGGACUCAAGGGCCUGAAGGUGGACCAGCAAGUGAAGAAUUCGACUCCAUUCAUGGCAGAACACUUGGAGGAGACCCUGAGUGCUGUAACCACCAGUCGCCAGCUCAAAAAAGAUGGAGACAUGACUGCGUUCAAUAAGCUAGUGAGCACCAUGAAGGCAAGUGGGACUCUGCCUUCUCAGCCCAAAGUCAGUCGAAACCUUGAAAGCCAUUUGGUGUCCCCUGCUGAGAUUCCAGGCCAGCCUGUCCCUAAGAACAUCCUGCAGGAACUUCUGGGCCCACCAGUUCCGAGACCUGCUUCCUCCAAUCUUCUGAGUGGCCUUAUGGGGAGCUUGGAGCCUGCAGCAUCUCUGCUGAGCCAAAGAGCACCCUCUCCUCCCUUGUCGCAGGUGUUUCAUACUCGAGCAGCCUCAGCAGACUACCUUCGUCCUAGGAUACCCUCACCAAUUGGUAACGACUCUUGUGCGUGGACAUCUGCCCAUCCUCGCCCUCCCGCCCCCUGCAAAGGUUUCACACCAGGACCACAGCAGCUACUCGGAGAUCCAUUCCAAGGCAUGCGCAAGCCCAUGAGCCCCGUCACAGCCCAGCAGAUGAGUCAGCUCGAAUUGCAACAGGCAGCUUUGGAGGGGCUGGCCUUGCCACAUGACCUUGCAGUGCAGACAGCAAACUUCUACCAGCCUGGUUUUGGCAAACCGCAGGUAGACAGAACCAGAGAUGGAUUCAGAAACAGACAACAGCGAGUGACCAAGUCACCAGCACCCGUGCAUCGAGGGAAUUCUUCUUCCCCUGCCGCUUCUGUCACAAGCAUGCUUUCUCCUUCCUUCACCCCUACAUCAGUGAUUCGUAAGAUGUAUGAGAGCAAAGAGAAAAGCAAGGAGGAGCCAGCAUCUGGAAAAGUAGCUCUUGGUGACAGUAAAGAGGACAAUCAGAAGGCCAGUGAAGAGAACCUCCUGUCAUCCAGUUCUGAGCCCAAUGCUGAUCGAGACUCUUCUCCCACUACAAAUCCCAAACUGUCGACAUUGCAGCGGUCUUCAUGUUCUAUCCCACUGUCCCAGACCAACCGUUACACCAAAGAACCAGAGUAUCGACCUAAAGCAACUGGGAGAAAAACACCCACUUUAGCAUCCCCGGUUCCAGGAACACCUUUUCUCCGCCCUGUCCACCAAGUUCCCCUUGUCCCCCAUGUCCCAAUUGUUCGGCCUGCUCACCAGCUUCACCCAGGGUUGGUCCAAAGGAUGCUGGCCCAGGGAGUGCAUCCACAGCAUCUUCCAAGUUUGCUCCAAGCCGGUGUGCUUCCUCCUGGGAUGGACCUGACUCAUUUGCAGGGAAUAUCUGGCCCAAUCCUGGGUCCACCCUUUUACCCUUUACCUGCUGCUAGUCACCCUCUCCUAAACCCUCGUCCUGGGACACCUCUGCAUCUGGCAAUGAUGCAGCAGCAGAUACAGCGCUCGGUUCUUCAUCCUCCAGGCUCCGGUUCCCAGGCAGCAGCUGUCAGUGUUCAGACGACCCCUCAGAAUGUGCCCAGCCGGUCAGGAUUGCCCCACAUGCACUCCCAGCUGGAGCACCGCUCCAGCCAGAGAAGCAGCUCCCCGGUGGGUCUUGCCAAGUGGUUUGGCUCAGAUGUGCUCCAACAGCCCCUGCCCUCCAUGCCUGCCAAAGUCAUCAGUGUAGAUGAAUUGGAGUACCGCCAGUGAGCAUGGCAGGGAGGCUUACCUGAGCCUGGACCUAAGGUAGCACCCUGGUCAGGACUGCUUCUGCAUCUUGGGUUGGUUUAUGGGUUUUUACUGUGCAAAGCUGUUUAGGGGGCCCAGGCACCUGACAUGGUCUGCAUUGACAGAAGGAUCUUAACCAAAUGCGUGGAGCCUGCAUGGUCUGAAUACAGGAUGCAGUGUUGUCAAUCCUGGAAAUAAUCUUUUUUUUGUAAGAUAUGUGAAUGAAAUGUUGGUGUCUUCACCAAGAGGUGGCACCUAAGGGUUCUGAGGAAAUGUAUAGACCCUUAUGUACAGAUCUGUGUAUAAAUAAUUUUUGUAUAUACAUAUAGCGUAGCUUUUUUGAACUUAUACAGCUGUACAUAAAAGUAGCUGAUAUUAGUUUAAGUCUGUGUCAACAGUCGGAUUUUUUUCACUUGUACAUUUGGGAUUUUUUCUUUUGGUUGAUGGUUGAUUAAAGUUGCAUAUACUAAGUGUGUGAAUGAAGUGAA